AGAAUCGGGAAUGGAAUUAUGAUUCUGGAACGGUUAGGAUGGAAAUUCACAGUAAGCAAGACUUGAAAGAUGACGACGAGCCACAUGACAAAUUAUUUAUUAUGGAUUCGAGAAGGUAGAGGGCCAGAGGCGACUAUAUGUGUCUCCUGCUUAACCCUCCUGGGUCCAUCCCUGAGCACAAUCUUCUCAUAUAUGGAUCAUCCCUUUUCAGCUGGGUUUCUAUAUAAAACCGUACAUCUUUAUGCUGCAAAUAUAUCAGAAAUUUGUAGCAUCUAGGAAUAGUUUCACUGAUCAGUGGUCUCUUUCGGUUGGAUUGUGCUCAAAUGGCUCAACUUCGUCGGCUUCACCUGCAAACGGAGAUCAAAUGUUCGCCGGACAAGUUAUUUGAUGUCUACAAGAAUAAGAUCAGCCUCCUGGCCAAUAUCAGCCCCGACAAGCUACGAAGCAUUGAAGUUCUUGAAGGCGACGGGAAGACUGUGGGUUCGAUUAGGCUCUGGACGUACGUCCUCGGUGAUUCUGUUGUGGCCAAGGACCGGAUAGACGCGAUAGAUGAAGAGAACAAGUCAAUCACAUUCGACAUCAUAGGAGGAGAGGUCACCAAGUACUUCAAGAGCUACAAGGCCACAAUCCAACUCUUCAAGGAGGGGAACAAGAACAUGGUGAAGUGGAGCGUUGAGUACGAGAAGAUGAACGACCAAGUCCCCGAUCCCACUGCUCAGGUUGAGUUCCUUGUCGGCAUGGCAAGAGAGGUUGAUGCCUACCUGGUCAUCAACUAAAGAAUUCCUUCAAGAUCUGGAGAAAUCUUAUCGUCGGGCAUCUAAUUAAUCGGUCAAUCGGUUAAUCUAUCAAUUCUCUAUGCUGCUAGGUAGAUAGCUAGUCUAUAUGUCGAAUAAUACUUGAGUGUGGUUUGACAUGCGUGAGGGUUUCUAGAUUUGCUACCAUUGGCGCAAACAAGCAAAUUAAUCAUGUGGAUCUAAUAUGUGAUUGUUGAUCUAUAAAUAUAUCUAUUCUGUUUGGAUGCAAAA